CGGCAAAGAAGGUCUGCAACAUAGAAAGUCCCACUCCUCCAUCAUCACCGCCAUCCCAUUCACACACCUCCUCGAGUCUUCCAUCAUGAAGAUCAACGAGCACACAGCCCUCUCCUCACGCUCCAUCCUCCUCGUACCUUACAGCCCCCAUCACGUCCCCACCUACCACCAAUGGAUGCAAGAUCCGGACCUCCAAGCAGCAACCGCCUCGGAACCCCUCAGUCUCGAAGAAGAAUAUGCUAUGCAACGCUCUUGGAGAUUGGAUUCCGACAAACUCACUUUUAUCAUCUGCCGACCUCGAGAUGAAACAUCAUCAUCAUCAUCAUCAUCAUCAACAACAACAACAACAACAACAACUCCCGGGUCCUCCUCCUCCUCCUCCUCCGAUAGAGAAAAAGAAACCCAAGAAGAAAAAGUCCAAAAAGACCAAAUAACCGCCACAAAAGACGACUCACCCGACCGCAUGAUAGGAGACAUCAAUCUUUUUCUAUUUCCUCUCGACUCCUCCUCAUCACCAUCACCACCAUCACCACCAUCAUCAGAAGCUAUCCCUCCUCCUCCACCUCCUCCAAAAAUCCUCGGAGAAAUCGAAAUCAUGAUCGCCGACAAAUCCUCGCAACGUAAAGGCCACGGAAAAACUUCCUUGCUCAUCUUCCUGGACUAUAUUCUCGAGCAUUGGAGUUUGAUAGGACGGGAAUUUUCUUCUUCUUUUUCCUCCUCCUCCUCUUCAUCUUCAGACCCUUCGACUUCUUUCUCAGCAGCAGCAGCAGCAAUCUCUCCUCAACUGGCAUAUCUGAGGGUCAAGGUGCAUGAGACGAAUGUGGGUAGUAUUCGAUUGUUUGAAAGUGUCGGGUUUCAGAGAGUUUCGGAAACGGCGAAUUAUUUUGGGGAGAUUGAGAUGCGAUGGUAUACUACUGGUGAUGGUGAUGGUGGUGGUCACACAGGUGGGGAAAAGGCAAGGGAGCUUCCAUAUCGAAUGGAAGCCGUCACAGAAAGCUCGUGAGAUGAGAUAGAUCUAGAGAGGUCUGCAACAGGCGGUGACAAUCAACAAAUUCAAUCAAAAAACUACCUACGUAGCAGCAAAAAGUGUCGACAGCGACACUCAUAUCAUGUCCACCCACGGCGGCCCAUGGAGGGCAAUAAUCAUACAUUCUGUCAUAGUUCGCAUCAUCAUAAAAGUCAUUCCGCACUCAGUCGAGCUGGAAAGUGCCAGUUAAUGGCGUAUCCAGCACACUCUUCCCCACGUACACUUGAUACUUCCCAUCCGGCACCACCCAAGUCUGAUUGAAUGCGUUCCAGUACGAAAUAUCCCGUCUCAUCAACGGGAAGCUGACUUUGGCACUCUCUCCCGGCGGGACAUGGACCUUGUCGAAACCACGUAGAGUCCUCGUGUUGGGAUUGUUUCCCAGACUCUUCUCGGGCACGGGGAUCUGAAUGUACAACUGUGCUACUUCAGCAGCACUCACCGUUCCUGUAUUGGUGAUCGUCGCGCUGAUCGUGCCCACGCUUUCAAACAACGACUUGAGUCCACCAACGGCAAUAUCAUCACGGUCUGCGUUCUGAUUGGUGGUGCCAUUAGUGUACACGGGCGCCGUGUUGACAGAGUGGGAUGUCGACGUCGCGUUGAUGUUAAUCUCCAGUCCAUCGUAGGAGAAUGUCGUGUACGUGAGUCCAUAUCCGAAUUCGAAUCGUGGAGUCACGUCGCGAGCUAGGAAGUUGCGGUAGUCGAUGUUAACACCUUCGCUAAAGUCGCACUGUGGAUCCCGAGACUUGUCGAUACAAGGUCCAGCCAAGUCCUUGUAGUCGGAGGCUUUCUUGGCUACAGUAUACGGCAGACGACCCGAUGGACUGACAUCGCCGUAAAGGAGGGACACGACAGCGCGACCAGCAUCCUGUCCCGGAAGAUGAGCAAAUAGAACUGCGGUAACAUUAUUGUUCUGAAUCCACUCAUCCACCAGACGUGGUCCAGCGUUGUGAAUGACGACGAUCGUAUUGUCACAUUGAGAAGCCACGCUCUUCACCAAGUCAUCGCUCUCUUCGUCAGCUAAGCCAGGGCGAUCCCAUGCCUCACUCGCGUAUUCGUUGAUGAAGACCAGGCAUGCGUCAGAGCUCGGUACCACUUUGGGAUCGAACGAGGUGAAGUCGUAAAAGAUGGAAGUGUCGUCGUCGUAGGCUCUGGCCUGUAUGGCAUCAUACGGACUGCUGAUGUACGCAGGGUUGUUACUGCCACUGCCACCGCCUACAAUGAGGGUGCCCAUGAACUUUGAUGGCGCGCCUGUCACGGGCUGGUUGCGCAUAAUCUGCUGUUCUUGUGGCUGUUGCAAACUGAUGGCUUCUCUGUUUUGAGUCCAGUCUCCCGUCCCAGGAUUGAAGUGAGACUGUGGAAUCGCGUCGUAGCCGAAGAUGGAGAGUGUUUUUGGUUUGUUGAGUGGCAAAGUACCAUUGACAUUCUUCACCAGAACAUGGCCCUCGAUUGCUUGACGUAGAAGGGAGUCUUUCGCAGCUGGAUCCUUGGCGUCGACAUAAUCAUGCGGCUCCAGGAUGUCUGCAGGCAUUCCAAUGCCCAGGGGAGGGUAUGAAGGAUCAUCUUGACCAAAUUUGAACCAGGUAGCCAGAAUUCGUGUUGCCAUGUCUGUCAGUCGACUACUUUCAAGGCCUUCUUUCGCGUUGGCCAGCUGGUCAUUGUCCCAGUAAGCGCUGACUGGCAAGGCCAUGUCCAGACCCGCGUUUGCAGAGUCCAGCGAUGAGUGCUGAGCAUUCCAGUCCGACAUGACAAAUCCCUGGAAGUUGAACUCGCCUUUGAGCAUACCGUUCAAGAUCUUGGAAUUCUCGCAGCCAUAGCUUUGGUUGAUCCGGUUGUACGAGCACAUGACACUGCCAACGCCCGCUCUGACUGCAUCCUGAAAAGGCCAGAGGUAUAGCUCAUGCAUCGUUCGAUCGUCAAUGUUUGUGCUCUGGCUCGGGAUCGUGCCAUCAUCGUCGUUGAUGGGAUUCCUGUUGGUUUCCUGUUCGUUGGCCACCAGAUGCUUGAUGCACGCAAUGACACUCUGUUGCAGUCCGAUGACAGAUUGUGCACCAAGCACACCAUCGAGAUAUGGGUCGCUUGCAAAGCCUUCCCAAUUGCGUCCAGAAGUCAGUACUCUGCCGAUCGGCCCCACUACUGGUCCCAAUGCCACGUUGACGCCCUUUUUCUUGAAUUCAGCACCCAUGAAUACUGCACGUUCUUUGGCCAGCGUCACGUUCCAUGAAGCUCCGGCCGAAAUACCAGAAGCAUAUGAGUUCACCCCAUCUGUGUCUCUGACUCCGUUUCCGGCAUCAUGUAAGCACAGCCCGGGAAAUCCUAUCUUGUUCGCCGAUCCUGAAACGCCCACACAUCCCGUGUUUGCAGUUCCAUAACCAAUGGUGAGGUUGUUCAUAUCCUUUGGGCCCAGCUUCGCAACGGCGUCUUUGGCCUUGCCAUAGGCCUCUGACCAGUCCGAAUCUCCGCCACCGUAGCCUUGUGGGGAUGGAUAGACAAUCUCGCUGGUCCAUUUCACUGCUUGUGCUCCAUUGUGCAGCAAAGUGAGCAGCGCGAGGAGUGGCAGCAGCAACAACAUGACGAUGGUGGCUCCGGUGAUCCACUUGUGCUUCUGCACCCAGAUAUAGGCCCGUUCUCUGCGCCCGUACCCAAGGAGAGGUGAGUCUUCAGAGGUGUGACUUGAUGAGGUGACCGCGUGUGCCUUUUCGUUCACAGAAUCCAUCAGCUUUAUGUUGGCGUGAUAUGUGCAAUGUUGGACCGGUAGAGACGGCCUGUUUGCAUUGCUCUCGUCAGAGGUUUCGUUGAAGAGAUGAGCUGGGUU